CAUCCCCAUCCAGCCAUCUCGUUUUAUAUCCUUUUUCCUGAUCGUCAGCCUCAAAAAAACAGAUUUUAAAAACGGGAAAAAGGAACCAACUUUUCAUACGCAAGUGUUCGUUCUUGGCGUCCAGCAGGCACCAGAAGAAGGCGUCAUCAGAAGCAUUAUUAGAGAGAAGGAGGCGGAGGAAGGAAGGAAGGAAGCGUCAAUACGCACGCUCGCCGGCAAAAGGGGACAAGAUGACGACGCGCCCGCUGCGGUUCCCUGAGAUCGACGCCGAGCUCCGGCGAAUCGUCAAUGCGAAUAUGGAGGAAGUCCCCGCUCGGCGACGAGCUCGCGAGGCCUUUAAGGAUAUCCAGCUCAACGUCGACCACAUCUUGUUCAAGACACCAAGUGACGGACUGAAAGUCAAUGAGGCAUACGAGGUGAACUCGAGAGGGGUGGAGAUUUUCACGAAGAGGUGGCUGCCAGAAACCCCAAAAGCUAUGAUCUGUUUCUGUCAUGGUUAUGGAGACACUUGCUCCUUCUUCUUUGAAGGAAUUGCGAGGAAGUUUGCUUUAUCUGGCUACGGUGUUUUUGCAAUGGAUUACCCUGGAUUUGGUCUCUCAGAAGGUCUUCAUGGCUAUAUUCCAAGCUUUGAUACUAUCGUCGAUGAUGUUAUUGAGCACUACAAUAAGGUCAAAGGUGUGUUUGUGUAUUUGUUUGGAGGCCACAUGGACAAUAAUGUAGAAUCUGUGUUUCAUUUGGUGAUGGCAGGGGAUCCUGAAUUUCAGAACCUCCCGAGCUUCUUGUUUGGGCAGUCAAUGGGUGGAGCUGUGGUUCUGAAGGUUCACUUGAAACAGCCAAAUGCUUGGAGUGGUGGCAUUCUUGUUGCACCAAUGUGCAAAAUUGCAGAUGACAUGGUUCCACCUUGGGCGGUGAAGCAAUUCCUGAUUGGGAUAGCGAAUUUUCUUCCGAAGCACAAGUUAGUGCCACAAAAGGAUCUAGCCGAGGCAGCAUUCAGGGAACCGAAGAAGAGAGAAUUGGCUGCGUACAAUGUCAUUGCUUACAAGCACAAACCACGGUUGAGGACGGCCUUGGAGAUGCUCGAGACAACCAAACAGAUAGAACAACGACUUGAAGAUGUAUCUUUGCCUCUGUUGAUACUGCAUGGGGAGGCUGAUAUUGUGACGGACCCAUCUGUAAGUAAAGCUUUGUACGAGAAAGCAAAGAGUUCAGACAAGACGCUGAAACUGUACAAAGAUGCUUUCCACUCACUGCUGGAGGGAGAACCGGAUGAAACCAUAACUCAAGUGUUUAACGAUAUAAUCAGCUGGCUGGAUCAGCACUGCAAAUGAGCAAAACAGAGGCCGAGCCAUUGCAUUGGCUUACCCCCAACGGCAAGGCUCGUGGCCUUUUGUCUCGAAUCUUUUAUUUCCUCUGCCAAAUAUAUAUUCAAUUAUUCUUUCAGGUUAGAUCGAUCUGAUUUUAAAUAAUUACGAAUGUUGGCGAUAAUAACAGUGACUUUGUUUUAAACACUAAUGGGUAGUUUUAGAAAUUGUAUUGUAGUGGAUAUAUGUAUUGAUGUAUUAAAUACAACGUUUGGUGUGUGUG